CUCACUCUCCCUCUGUCACACCCACAGCAGGUACAUUGUCACUGAUAGCAUUAGUUAGCCUUAGUGUGCUUUUGGGCUGCGCCUUUAUAAGUCUGCGCCUUUUAAGAUCCAGCAGAGACUAGUAGACUGCCUCAGGCCCCCAGGUAGAGGAUUCUUCAUCAGCCUUCUGGGUUACUUAUAGGCCUGCUUUCCCUACCUGCUGUCAGUCUGCUCGCCUGCCUGGCGCAUCUCCUGGCCCAUCAUAAAACACCAGACACCUGCAGACUGACAGAAGAGACUGGAAUUUGAGCUAACUGGAUUAGAGGUAAUCAUCAACACAAGUCUACCUUAUACCUGUUGGGGUCCUGUAUUGUCUACACUCAGCACCAGUCUCAGCCCUGCCUGAGACCACCCAGAGGCCAGCACACCUUGGCCCAGGAGGCAGCAGCCAUGUCGAGUCCAGGGGAGAGUCUAUCAUCAGAGGGCAGCAGCCCAUUGUUUCCGUCCCGCCUAGGUCUGCCUGAAAGCCCCUUGGGAGAUAGGACAGGUGCAGAGGCUGGUAUGGCCUGGGAGAUGGAGGACACCAAGCCCUGCAUGGAGGCUCUUGAGCAUCGCGGCCUUCCGGGCCUCCACCUGUCCUGCUUCGACAUGCUCUUCACCGAGGACUCCACCUGGCUGGUGAAGGUGACCGAGGCUUCCUCGGGUCAGGCUUGUCCCGUGCCUCUUCCCAUAACCAGGACCGAGCACCGUGAGGAGCCAGAGCAGUGCCCCGUCAUCGACAGCCAGGCCCUGGGGCUCUCCCCGGGGCUGGAGGGCCAGGAGGAGGAGCGAUCCCUGGAGCAGGUCCAAAGCAUGGUGGUUGGGGAGGUGCUGAAGGACAUCGAGACGGCCUGCAAGCUGCUCAACAUCAUCCCAGACCCCAUAGAGUGGAGCUCGGGGAACGUCCAGAAGUGGUUGCUGUGGACAGAGCACCUGUAUAGACUGCCUCAGGCCGGCAAGGCCUUCCAGGAGCUCGCUGGAAAAGACCUGUGUGCCAUGAGUGAAGAGGACUUCAGGCAGAGGUCCCCUCAGUGUGGAGACACCCUGCACGCCCACCUGGACAUCUGGAAGUCAGCUGCCUGGAUGAAAGAGAGGUGUUCCGUUGGAGACAGCAAAAUCACAGGCGGAGAGGAGCUGUGGUUGGAGGCAGACUCGUCAUGCUCAGGCCAGCCCAUCCACUUGUGGCAGUUCCUCAGAGAGCUGCUCCUCAAACCCCACAACUACGGACGCUGUAUCCGCUGGCUCAACAAGGAGAAAGGUAUUUUCAAAAUCGAAGACUCUGCUCACGUGGCGAGACUCUGGGGACUGAGGAAGAACCGUCCAGCGAUGAACUACGACAAGCUGAGCCGCUCCAUACGGCAGUACUAUAAGAAGGGCAUCAUCCGCAAGCCUGAUGUCUCCCAGAGACUGGUCUAUCAGUUUGUCCACCCAGUAUGAGGGGACGGAGGAGGACAGAGGCCUCCAAACAAAGGGCCACACGAUCACACCUUGCACUUGUACAUUACACCAACACCAAGCUGAAAAGGGGUGAAACUAACAAGCAUGCACUGACCAACCCCUGUAAGUACACACAGCCUUUGCCAGCCUUUGCCAGUAAGUGUCAGCAGUCAAAGUUGGCAAAUGAAUAUUUCGCUUUUUAUAAUGCAGAGAAGAAACUUGAGACUAAAAUGAAAGUGCUUUUUCUCUGGGCUGAUUCCUCUUCAAAACAACAAAACAACAAAGAAAGAAAAAAAACAACCUUUUGAACUGCCUUUUUCAUUUGCACGAUCUGCCUGUCCUUUUUCCUAUUAUAUCAUUUAAUCAAUAACCCGUGUCUUAAAACACCGGAAGACAACAUUUGAUUGGAAUCAAACAUAAGGAAGAUAAAUUGCCAUUGCCCACAGUUAUACCUUUAACAUUAUGUACCUGCUGUGUCCCUGUGUGUAGGACGAAGAACAGUCUGAGUGUGCUUGUUUAUCAGAGCCUGUUCUACUCAUUCCUCUGGGAAUGUGGUUAGGAAUUUUGCAUCAGCUAGGGUUCAGCUAGGGUUCAGCUAUAGGGUUCAGCUAUAGGGUUCAGCUAUAGGGUUCAGCUAUAGGGUUCAGCUAGGGUUCAGCUAUAGGGUUCAGCUAUAGGGUUCAGCUAUAGGGUUCAGCUCUGGCUUUGGCUGUCACCCAGAGAGGCAAACAGCUCACUCUUUUUUUAAAUGUUUUAUUCACAUGGCACACUUUGGAACUCUCCCAAAAGGCUUUUACAAUAGAGCAUUUCGCUGAACCCGAAUGGGAGUGCAGCAACAACCACCUCAUAAUAAACUCAUGCAGUCAAAGUCUGUAACUGACUGGUAAAAGCCGUUGGUUUUCCACCCUGCCGUAGAAAACAUCUAGAAAGCACCAGACCACUGUAUAUUACCAUAUAUGUCAUAUGCUCUGUACCUUUUGCUUGCGUUUAAUUGUAAUAGCAAUUUUUAUUUGAAAUGUAACCAAAAAAAUAUAGAUAGGAAUAUCUACAUCAAAAACUGUAUCCUCCGCCAUCAUUACCAUUGCAAUACAGGUUCAAUUCUUGAAAACAAGCAGCAUCACUAAUCUCAUAAUUGAUCAUUACCAAUUCUGUUGAAUUCUAUGAAGUAUACAAUAAAAAAAUGUGGGUUCCCCGAGGGGUUUUUGAUAAGGGUGCUGGACUUAUGUGGAACCAUAAUGACCCAAAGAACCCUUUGAGCCCUUCAAUGGUUCUUUGAGGUUCAAAAAAUGUACAUGUAGCAACAGCAGCUCAUUCAAAUACUUUGAAUGAGCUCUUUCUGUGCAACCGUGAGUGAGUGUCCUUCCAGUUGAUCUAAUCUGUUGUGUUACGCUAUUUAUUACAUGUUAUGUAUGACUAUGGUCAGUGACAGUGUCUUGUGAAAGACUCACGUAUGGCCUUGUGUCAACUGAGAAUGGUUGACUAAGUCAGUAGUUCUCAAUUCUCUCCUCAGGGACCCCCAGCCAUUCCAGAGCUACCACACCUGAUUGAACUUGUUAAUAAACACAAUAAUAAAAACUAUUGCAUUUUAA